UAAUAUUAUGGUUUCUGAGAGAUUGAUAUAUUCCUAGUUUCAAAAAACAACACCAACUCCUGUCUGUCUCUGUUUUAACGGCUCUAUCCUCUUCAAUCUCUCCAAAAUUUGAAAUCUUUCUUCCCCUCCCCUUUUUACCAGAGACGACCCAACUUGGGGUAAUUUAAAACAGAUUUGUUUUUCUUGAUUACUGCGCAACCUUUUUUCCCCCUCCUUUCUCUUCCCAACCGUUACAAGAUUUUCAAAAUCUCCCCUUUUUCAAUUUCCAUUUCCGUUUCCCUUUCUUUCCUUUUAAUCUGUAAGAAAAAGAUCCCAUUUUUUUUCUUGCUUGUUUUGUUUCAGUGAAAAUGGGUGGUUGUUUGAGCAAGAAGAGCACUUGUUCUUCUUGUCCGGCGUCUGCACCUCCGAAACCGCCCCACCAAGUCAAUUCUUCAACAACCCAGGUGGAAAGAAAGAAACUUGAUGAAGAACCGGUGAAGAAAGAGAUAUUCAUCAUUAAGCACAGGAAGAGCCACGAUGUUGAGAGAAAGUCCGAGGAUGAAUCCGGGGAUGUGAAAAAGGCGCCGGAAAAAGCUGAAUCCGGGAAAAUCGGGUCGGAUAAUAGUAACGGUGGAUUGAAUGGAGGGAUAUUUGUGGCGGCGGCUCCGGUGAGGACUUCUAGCUGUACUAAAGAAGAAGUGGAUGCUAUUUUGAUUCAAUGUGGGAGGCUCAGCAGAAGCUCUUCCACCGGAAAGGCUAAUUUUUCAGGUUCUGUUGGAUCUGGGGACAACAACGGGAGUACCCAGAAGGGCAGGAAGUAUGCUGGUUCAAAAAGGAGCUAUGAUUUUGACAGUGAAAAUGGAAAUGCGGGAAGGGAAGUGGAGAAAAAGAAAGGCAUUAAUGGGGCUAAUGAUGGUUAUGAUGGUAAUGGUGUUGUUGAUGAUGAAAUUGGGUUGGGCGGAGAGAGGUCCCACCGCCACCGGCAGCGUCAGAGACCGUCGAGUAGGACGGUUGGUUCACCGUCAAAGGGGAGGAGGAGGACGCCGAGUAGAGAAAGGGAACAGGGUCAGCCGGCAAGGUCAGGGAGCAGAGAAAGGGGUACUAGUGGUGGAAGUGGGAGAAGAGUCAGUAGAUCCCCGGGUCGGAGAUCGGAGUCACCGAGUGGUGUUUCAGCUGCCGGAAAUAUAUCCUCCGGGAACGGUAAUAAUGCUAGUGUUAGGCCAGGAAAAAUGGUCUCUGUUCCGGCUACUGUUUCAUCUUUGGCUAUGGACAAGAGCAACAAUGCAGGAGGGCCGGAAAACAUAUCAGCUUCAGCUGUUAAGAGGAUUCAAGUAAAGAGGAACGCCGGAGCUGCGUCUCCCCGUGCUCGUUCUCCGGCAAGGACUAAUUCGCCGGCGAGGACCAAUAUUAAGGUUCUGAAUGAAAACCAGCAACAGCAGCCGGGGUCACUCAGUCGAAGCAAUUCCAGGAAGGCGGAAAUUUCUCCCUUCAGGAGAAAUCCCUUGAGUGAGAUUGACACCAACGUUGUCAGUGAGCAGAUCCCUGCAACAAAAGCUUCCAACAACAUUGUUCAUCAGGCUCCCAUUCAGAAGCAAAAUGCUGAUCUUUUAGCUAAUACUAAAGUGUUGGUUCAAGGGACUGAAAACAAACUUAGUAGCAACAAAGUUAAUGCAGUGAGCUCCAACAAUCUUGGAGUCAAUGUGGUUGCUCCCUCAGGACCUGAUUGCCUAAAGCCUCAGGCAGUAGCAAGAAGCAGAUCUUCCCGGUUGUCUCGUGACUUUGACAUCAAUCCUGAGACAUUGUCCAGUACUUCACCAUCCUACACUGCAUUGUUGCUGGAAGAUAUACAGAACUUUCACCAGAAGAAUACUACUGCCCCUGCAGUUACAUUCCCACCUUGCCUCACCAAAGCUUGCUCUAUCCUUGAAGCAGUUGCAGACCUCAACUCAAGCUCCGGCUCGAAUCUGUCAAGUAUGUAUUCAGAUGACAAAAAGCGAGUUCCAAGUGCAGAGUUCAACAAGUACUAUGAAAAUACUUCAUUCGGAAAUCGACCAAUUGGAAAAAAGGGAUUAGAUACCAAAGAUCCUUUUGUGCAAUCUGAAGUAGUUGUAAAUGAUGAUCUAAUGGAACCAACUUUUCAGAAGUAUGUUACCAUGAGAAGGGGGGGUACUGCAGGUGUAGAUGACUUGGAAGAUCAAGAAUCGUCAGGUAGCAACAGCUUUGCGGGUGGCCAUCAGCAAUGGGUUUCGCAAUCCUCAUGGGAGCCUAAUUCAGCUGAAUCAAUUGAUAGCUGGGCUUCCUCUAGGAGAAAUAUUAGGGAAGAAAAACUCAGUCCAUUGAGAUUGGACAGACUUGCCAUUUCUGAGUCGGCUCAUGAUGCUGAAGAAGCUGGAAGAAGAUUGAAUGGCAAUAAGAGGGAUACCGAGCAACAACAUAAUGGUAUCGGAAGGGGUCGAAUUGGAUCAAGGGGAUUCCAUUCUAUGACUACUGCUGCUGCUGCUGCUUCAACAUAGUUUUUAUCAUCCAUUCAGUGGUUGUAGUACGAAAAAGAAUAAAAAAAAAAAAACUGUUGCAAUGUUACUAGUUGCAACCUUGUCCCCAGAGUUCUUGUUCAGAGAAUUGUUUUGCUUGAGCGAUUCUGUUGUUUCCAAAACCUUAAGAGAAAGGUUCUUCUAUUGUACUUAUUUUCAAUUUAUGUAAUAUUUGGGAAAAUGAUCUCUUCUGUAUGCAUAAUCUUUAAAAAGUCGAUCCAUUUCAUGGAAUAACACAUAUACCCACUUCAAGGGACAAGGAUAUCUUCAGAUAUCCGCACAGCCCGGUAAAUCUAAUCCUACUGUAUCACUAAACCUGAAUGGAACCUCUACUUACAGCAAGAUAAUCUAGUUAAAUAACUAGUAUCAUGAACAUUUCCAGGAACCAACCCUGCAGCUUUUUUCCUAUCCCUCUUCAGCAUCCGCAGCAGGAUCCAGUACUGCUGGCUGGUGCAUCCCUCUCUCUAUUUACAAGAAUGCAACAUCCAGUGGUUCUCAUUUAUUGCAUUUAUUCCAAGAAAGUCCUUAUUCUUCAGCGGUCUUGUAAUUAACCAUAAAAAUCGCUGCCACAGUCACCAGCGCUCCAACAAGUUGUAUGGGCGUGAAGGUCUCAUCCAGGUAUAGGAAAC